AUGAACAACAUGAGUUGGAUAGUCUCCGUACAGCAGGUAGACACCAUCAAACAGAAGUGGAACAACAACACCAAUGAUCUCCAGUAUCUAAAAUGGUACUUCACUAAGGAGUGUGUUGACACUUUGAACCUCGCCAGCAGCACUUUGACGAGGAUAGGUACAGACAGACACUGAGACACAUGGCGUCCCAUUCAAUCCAAAUCUAUAACCAGUUGUUUCUGGCGUGAGGCACAACAGCAUCAUUCCUCCACUGCUGUUUUGAGUUCAUAGUUGAUUUAUUUUCUUCCCUUUUCUUUCCUCUCACUCCUUCUCUCCAGCUCCUCCCUCAGUGUCUCUGCUCCAGAAGACCCCAUCUUCUCCAGUGAACUGCCACACUACAGGUUUCUACCCCAGUGGAGUCAUGGUGUUCUGGCAGAAAGACGGACAAGAUCAGCAUGAAGAUGUGGAGUACGGAGAGACUCCCUAA